ACAAUCUUUAAUUCCAGCAACACCAAUAAAACCAUAUUUUUAUCAACGUUCUAAGCUUUUAUCUGAGCAGAUAAACAUGACCAACAUAUAAUUAAUGAUUAGAUAUGAAGACAUUAAGAUACAAUAGGAGAGUACAGUCUCUGCAGCUGUUGAUGCUGCUCUCUGUUGCAACCUUAUAUGGACUUCCUCUCUGCUUCUUCUGGUUUCAAUCCAACCGUCUCCUUGGUUACGGGUCGUGGUAAACUGGGUUCAUGACUCCUCCAUGGUCGACCUUGACUGGUGCCUGGUGAAUCCUCUCUGUGACCUCAGCUGGACGUGAACUGAAGCAGCUGCAUCCAAAUAGUCUGAAGGACCUACAUAUUGUUUUUAACCACCUUUUACUGCCAAGAGAUGUUUCAGGCAAAAAAUAACAGGCCUUUAUUUUAGGAAUGUAACACUAUGAAACAUGGAUAUUUAAUUUAUUUGCUAGUUUAUUGGUUUUCAUUGGUUUAGUCUCUGCUUAACCAAGAAUCACUACUGUUUUUCAUAAACUUAAAAGUGGAUAAAACUCUGCUAUUCUGCAGCUUGUUCGUUCUGACAUUCAAAAACGUUCAGUUCUGUCUACCGCCGUGUUUUAUUGUUUUUGUUUCGUUCUUCAGUUGAAUUUGGCGCAACAUUUGAAACUAAUCAUCUUCCUGUUGAACUGGGCUUCUUGCCGGCUCAGCCAAUCACAGUCAGGGGGCGGGGCUAGAGGACUUCCUUUCGCUCUGUAUAAGAGCAGGUUCCCUCCGCCGCUGCUGCUCAGUCUUUACUGUAAACUCAGAGAGGAAACAUGCCCGAACCCGCCAAGUCUGCGCCCAAGAAGGGCUCCAAGAAAGCGGUCACCAAAACCGCCGGCAAAGGAGGCAAGAAGAAGAGAAGGACCAGGAAGGAGAGCUACGCCAUCUACGUGUACAAGGUGCUCAAGCAGGUCCAUCCCGACACCGGCAUCUCCUCCAAGGCCAUGAGCAUCAUGAACUCGUUCGUCAACGACAUCUUUGAGCGCAUCGCCUCCGAGGCUUCCCGUCUGGCUCACUACAACAAGCGCUCCACCAUCAGCUCCAGGGAGAUCCAGACCGCCGUGCGCCUCCUGCUGCCCGGUGAGCUGGCCAAGCACGCCGUGUCUGAGGGAACCAAGGCGGUCACCAAGUACACCAGCUCCAAGUAAACCAGCUGCCAAUACUGCUGCUGCUCGGACACAACAACACAACGGCUCUUUUAAGAGCCACACACACAACACUGAAGAGCAACACUCCUUGACUUUUGUCUGAAAUUUUUCAACAGUUGUCCUUAAAUUGUCUAAUUUUUAAACAUAAACAUGCUGAUGGGCUUUUUGUGUGAUCUGUUAAAGGAACAUUUUAAGAGUUUGACAAAACUACAAUCUGUAAAUGUUCCACUCAAAUGUUUUAGAAAUACUACAAAAUCAUAUGAAAUGGUUGUUGUAGAAUAGGAUUUACUCCUUCAUGAACUUUUGUACACAAAUUAAUUUCAAGAUUGUAACCAAAAAGACCCAAAGCUCACUGUGUUAUUGGAUGUAUCAUUUUAAAUUGAAUUAAUGGUGUGUUUUCAAAAGGAAACCGAUUCCAUGUCUGUACUGUCUAUCAUAAAACCCCAAAUGGGUUGUAAUUUAUUUUGCAGCAAAACAAUGGCCAUUGUGUUUUUUGAGCAUUUAAUUUUGAAUAACAAUCCAUCUGCUACACAGAAAUGUUUGGAUGUGUGAUGGUCUGAAAACAUUAAGGCCUCAUUUUGUUUAAGUGAAAUUAAUGUACAUCACAUUCCAGCAAUACUGUCUGAAUGUAACAAACUGUUGGAAUAACCUAGAAUAACAAAUG